AAACAAAGUUAGCAGACUUGUGUUAGCUGGUAAGGUUCAGUUAGCUAACGACUCAUCUAGCUAGCUGUUAGCUAACUGCAGCUAACAAUAUUUACCCUCCUUUUCUCCAAAAAAUAGUCCAUAAACUAUAAACUAUCAGAAGGACUGGCUCAUUUGUAAUGGUCGGCUAAAAAGGACUGGUGGGCUUAUUUCAUUACUUUCGUUUGUGUGGAAGGUCUGAUUAUAAUUUAAGCUAGCUGCUGAUCAGCCACAGCAUUAACGCCUGCUGUCACCGCAUCGCUUGCGGAUCUGUAAUUUGACAGGUGAAUUAAAAACGACAUAACGUAAACAGUCCCGGUAUGGCUCUGGCUUCUCCGGUGACAGUCCGGGCCGUCCUGGAGCUGUGCGGAUUGCAGAUCUGUCAAACUGCGCUUCAGACUACCAGGAUCUGUUCUUCUGCACUGGAGAUCAUUAGCAUCUGCACUGCAUCCAGGCUCGUCACCCACAACGCUCACAUUUGUCGCAUUGGUGCCAUGCUGCUGGGAGGCUGUGGAUGAGAAAGUAUGUCGUCAGACUUCUACUCCAGAGAUGACGUGUUGGAGAGGGGGUCCAUCCCCCUGGACAUUGACAACAUCCAGCUGCUGCUGCAGGUGGAACAAGAGCAGAUUCAGAAGAAGACCUUCACCAACUGGGUCAACGCUCAGCUGGCAAAGCGGAGGCCGCCAUGCAUGGUGGUGGACCUGUUCAAUGAUUUCCGUGACGGCUCCAAGCUGUUGGAACUGCUGGAAGUGAUGAGCGGCCAGCGCCUCAGUCGGGAAAGAGGCAGAGGAAUGUUUCAGCACAGGAGCAACAUCGAGAAAGCCCUUUCCUUUCUCAGGAACAAAUCGAUCAAACUUGUCAAUAUAAACAUUCCUGAUAUUAUUAACGGUAAACCGUCCAUCGUCCUGGGUCUCAUAUGGACAAUCAUCCUGCAGUAUCAUAUUGAGGAGUUGGCCAGCGGCCUCUCAUUCAGCUCUCGUCAGUCCUCCAUGGAGUCUUUGACCAGUCUGGAUUCGCGCUCCACUCUGUCGAGUCGCUCGGCCACCAGUAGUCCUGUUCCUCCAAGAGGCUCACCGCUACACAACCGUUUCAAGGUUUCUGCCAAGAAAGCCCUGCUGCUCUGGGUCCGGGAACAGUGCCACAAAGCUGGCUGUACAUUAAACGUGAAAGACUUCAAAGCUAGCUGGAGGAGUGGAGUGGUCUUCCUGGCGAUCCUGUACGCUCUGCGGCCCGACCUGGUGGAUCUGUCCAAAGCCAGAACCAGGAGCAACAAGCAGAACUUGGAGGAGGCCUUUUGCAUCGCAGAGAAAGAGCUGAGGAUCCCCCGACUGCUGGAUCCCGAUGAUGUGGACGUUCGAGACCCUGAUGAGAAGUCCAUCAUGACCUACGUGGCUCAGUUCCUGCAGUACUCCAGAGACCUGCCGCCCGCAGAGGAAGAAACGCAGACACAGUACCUCACUCUUCCAAAAAGUCCUUCUCCUGUCGACCUGCCUGUUCACUACACUCCUGCUAUCUCUGCCUCACCGCUGCGACAGGCGACGCCUGAUCGAAAGGCAAAGGAAGUGACAUGCUGGCUGGUUCAGGCAUAUGAUGAGCUGCUGGAGGGGUGGGACUCCACAGAUGGGGAGAGCUACUCAGAGAGAUACCAUGUAUUUCACACCUUUCUGGUGUCCUUUAAUGAGCAGCGGCGUCCCAUCAUGCCUUUGUUGACAGUGAUGAGACGAACCCCGAAACUCAGCGAGGAGCAGCGAGCACUCCGUGAGGCUUGGGAUGCCCUCACUGCAAAGAUACGUGAAUACAAAGUGGAGUUAGACAUGAGUCUUCCAGCUCCCUUGGAUACGGUGGCUCGCUGGCUGCUGAAAACAGAGGGGGCUCUGGCCGAGGAGGAGGGCGAGCCACAGGACCACGGCCGAGCUGCUGACGAAGCCCGGGAGAAACAGGAGCUGCUCAGAGUUUGCCUGGAGGAGAUGCCACAGCAUCUGAAGACCUUCCAGUCCUUCCAGAACUUGGAUGAGUAUGGCAACGUGAUGGUUCCUACUGAUAAGAUGGAUGAACUAAAGAGGAGGUUCACCGGUGUCAGAGUGUCUGCUAAAUAUCACGGGAUUAAGCUGGAGUACCGGGAGCACCGCCACACAGUUCUGGAUCUGCUGGGGCAGGUCAGGACCAAGCUCCGGCUCUGGAAGAGACCUUACAUCUCGCCGGAGGCUGUCAGGGUGUUGCUGCAAGAAUGGCAUGAGCUGGUAAACAGACAGGAGUUAACUUCACUUUUGGAAGCAACUCUUCAUAAACUGAAGCAGGUUUCCGAAAAAUAUUCAAGCAAAUCUGCCCUCUCUGCAGAUUAUCCCCACGUCCGUCAGCAGGUGAAGCAUCUGGGCGAGGACACCGCUGUGGUUUUGGAGGAGGUGACCACGUCUAAGAGUACCAUGAGUCGGGUCCUGUCAGCCUGGGACUCCUACAGCGACUGCCUCAGCUCCCUGCAGGCGUGGCUGGAGCAGGGCUCUGUCAGACACAGCCAGGGCCACAGACCAGAGGUGACAUCUGAGUCUAUUGCAGAGUGGGGCUCCCGACAGGCCUAUCUGAACGAGGUGGGUAACUUCCUGAUCGAGUCGACAGACCCUCAGACCAGCAGGAGCCUGGCAGAGGAGCUGCGCAGACUCAACAUGCACUGGGCUGAGUUUGUCAAGAGGAACACAUUUGACAACAAGGCUGAGCCCGGUGCUGAUGUCCAGGCCAGACCCCAGGACAUCCAAGCUCUGCUCAAAGAAGCCACACUCCUCCUCAAAGAGCCUCUGGAAGCCACGGCAGGUCCUUUACGCACCUACAGAAAAAGGAUACAGUUCAUACUGAGAAAAAUAAAAGAAGUGGAUCUGGAGGCUUUGACUCCCUCCCCAGAAUGCCCGGCAGAUCAGUUACAGAAACUGAAGCCUGCUUUACUUGAAGUGAUGCAGACCUUGCUUGAGGCAGAACAGGUGUGUGCAGAACUGCAGCACAGUGUGUCAGGUCUGGACAGCCGCCUUGCUGAACUUCUGCACUGGGAGACUGAGGCCAGGGGGCUCUACCAGCUGCUGAGGGCCGCAGAGCGGCAACAGCGGGGUCAAGACCCACGAGCCAAGGUUCUGAUAUCUCGUGGGCUACAGCUAGAGGGUCAGGUGGUCACAGAGGAGCAGGACGUGCAGGUGAUGGUAAUGAAGAGUCAGAAGAACUCUCCCAUCCAGUACCUCCACGCCUCCGCCAUGCAGGAUCGAGUCCGAGCUGCAGUCGCACAGUCUCAGGAAGCUGUAGGUAUGCUGAGCAGCCUGGGAGCCAGAAGAGAUAGAAGCAGAAGCCCACCAGAAGGGCCCCCUCCAUCAAAGGUCUUCAUCCAAGCUAAAGAGAAGCCUCAACAUAUGAUAGAGUCAGACACUGGACACCAAGCUCAGCAAGUCGAGACAAAGUCAGUUUCUCAUCCAUGUCAUGAAACCUUUGUGCCAAAGAUAGUGGUGCAGGAAUACAGAGAAAAAAAGAUGACUUCUCCUCCGAUGCCAUAUACCUACGCACAAGCAGUGACACAGAUCAGGACAAAGUCGCCACCGGAAGGCCAAGACGCGGCCUUGCCAGAGAGUGCUGUGCAAAUACAACAGCAGGUGCAGGGACAAGGGUUGAUCCUGCAGCAACAGCCACCACAGCAAGAACAACUUCAGAAACAGACAGCAAUAGAGCGAGAACAUCAAGAACACAAGCAACAGUUAACUCAAGAGGCGCAACAGCAGUUGAUGCCAACUGAACCUCAACAACAGGAACUGGAGCAGCAGCAACAUUUAGAAAUAUAUCAGGAUCAAGUUCAGCGGCGUGUGGUAACUCAAGUACAGGUUGAAACACAAGUCAGGCAGACACCAGAGCACUAUGAGCAGAUGUUGCCUCAUCAGCAACCUGGAAGGAAAUCACCUCUGAGCUCUCAGGAGCUUAAAAGCAGAAAGGCUCAAGCCAUGAAGAACCGGCCCUGGCUUCAGAAGCCAGCCUCAGGAAAGCAUAAAACUUCUGCUCCAGGUGCAGAACGAUAUUCCACUGAGGGGCCUAUUCAGGCUGAGCCACAGUCAGACAAAGAAACAGUGGGAUCAGUUCAGCUUGUUCCACAGCAUACAGCAGCUGCCAGACCGCUGCCUGAGACACAGGCAAAGGUUACGGAGCAGCCUCAACAAGACACACAGCGGCUUCACAAACAAGAGCAGCAGCAGCAAGAGCAACUGCAACAUCAGCAACAACAGCAAAAAGAGAAGCGUCAGAAACAACAACCACAGCACAUGGAAAAACAGCCAAAGCAAAAGGAGCAGUUGCUGCUGCAGGAACAACAAAAACAACCACAAGAACUACUGCCUGUAUUAAGACAGACAGAACCUCAUUCAGACACCAAGGCUGAAUGCCAGACUACAACUAUGAUGCAGCCUCACCCACAAACAGGUCCAAAGGUUCAAAAUCAGUCACAACCCCAAACCACAGUUUAUCAAAAAUCUCAGACAGUAGUCCAAGUGCGGUCCACAAGUGUGUCCCACACUACCAUAGAGAGUCUGCAGCCAGCCAAGACCAUGUCCCAAACCAUAGUGAGUGAAGGUCAACCACCAUCACAAGUUCUUCCACUGCCUCAUGGUCUCAUGAAGACACAAUCAUUGACCCAGUCACAAACACAACUACAACUCCAGCCCCAAGUUCAGACUCACACCCAAGUAUGUGUCCCAGGUGGACCUCAGCCAUCUAUGCAGCCACAGGCUUUAGGCCAUGGCCCAGAUGGAGCUCAAAUCAGACCUUCUUCACCUAAGCAGGCCCCACUGCAGGGCCACAUUCAGCCUCCUGUGCCAUCUCACAUUCAGCUACGUAGUCAUCCACAGUCAUGGGCCCAUGUUAGGCCCCCCUCCCCAAAGCCACAAACACAUGCCCCAGUGGAAUCUCAGUCAGUGCCCCAGGCUCAAACCCAUGCUCAGCCAAAGAUCCAGUCUCAGGCCCAUGUUCAGCCGGUGACCCAGGGUCUAAUUCAUGCUCAACCAAUGACUCACAACCAACCUUUGGCUCAACAAACCCAAGCUCAGUUUGCUGUCCAGCCUCAGAUUCAUUCUCAGCCUAUAACUCAGUAUUCCACACAUGCUCAGCCAGCUGUCCAGUCAGGCCACAGCCAAGUUCAUGCUUGGAGUCAGGUUAGAACUUCAUCCCCACUGUCUAUCCCACAUCCACAGGCUACAACACAACCUCCAUUUUAUCCUCAAGGUUACUCCCAGGGUAAAUCCCCCCCCCUGCAGUGGAUACCAAAACAGGAGUCCCAAAACCAAGCCAUUUCCCAGCAGACUCAUCCGAUUCCCCAACCAUACCCUCAGCAAAUAGGUCAGUCUCCACAGUCUCAGGCUUAUCCAGCAGCUCAACCUGUACCACAGUGGUCCCAAGCUGGGUCCCAGGUAGGACCUCAGUUGGGGCACCCUGGAUAUUCUCACAUGGGGCCAUCAUAUACUCGUCCUCAGAUUCAGCCACAAGUGCAAACCCAACCCUGGGCUCAAACACAGCCCCAAGUGAGACCCCACGGUUCCAUGCAGCAACAACCUCAGAUGAGAACUUAUGAUAUGUUUCAUAUCCAGACACAGCAAGGCCAAGUUCAGCAUCAGACAUGGGCUCAGGCACCACCCCAAAUUCAGCCCCAGCCGUAUUCCCAACUUCAGCCCCAGCCGUAUUCCCAACUUCAGCCCCAGCCUCAUUCUCAGCAGUAUUCACAGGUUCAGCAUCACCCUCUCCCACAGAUGCAAGCUUCAAUACCUACCCAGUCACAACCACCACAUCACACCCAUUCACAGCCCCAGCUCCAACCUCAGCUGCAAGCCCAGUCCCAAGCACAAAUUCAGACACAGCCAUUGAGAAAAGUAAAGCCCCAUGUCCAAACACAGCAGUCUCAGCUCAGUCUCCAGUUCCAGCAGCCUCCACAUCCUAAACAUCAAACCCAGUCUCAAACACCACCAAAAACUCAGUCAGCAACUCAGCCAAAAGGUGAAUUACCUACACAGCCCAAACCUCCUGUCCAUUCAGUCACCAACCCAACCCAAGGUCGAAUCACUGCCACAACCUAUACAUGA